GAUAAAACCUGUAUACAUGAUUUUACCAAUUUUAGAAAAUACUUAAAAUGCAACAAAACUAUUAAUAACCCUGACGUUAAACAGACGUGAUGACGUUUGGUAAAGUCCUGUAAUCUCUGACCGGCUAAUGCUGCUGUGCUCGUAACACACAGAAGGCAUCAUGGUGAACUUUGCUGCAGCGAUUCGUGAGCAUUGGGUCAAUAUUUUGGUCCCUCUGGGUUUUGUCAUCGGGGUUUACCUGGACAGACGGAACGAUCAGAAACUCACAGCAUUCAGGAACAAGAGUGCUUUAUACAGCAGGGAACUAAAGCCCAGUGAGCAGUACACCUGGAAGUGAGAUUGUCCCUGCAGUGCUAUUUAUUGGACCCUCUGCCCAGUUCACUGUCCGAAUGUGUAUACUGUCUGUUCCACUACUGUGUCCCUGAUUCAAAGGAUGUUGGCACAAUAAAGUUUCCAUUUAGUUCUGUUAA